AUGGUACCCCUGUGUUCUCUACAGUGGAGCGGGGAGAAGAUUCGUUCCCAGAACGUCAUGCGUGUAGCCGCAGACAAUAAAGGAGACUGGAGCUGGCCUGCAAGAGGUCCCUCGAGUGAUGUAAAAAGGAGUCUCUGUCCUUUCCUAACAGAUCCAAAACCAGACAUUACAGUCCAUUUUGAUGAGGACUUCACCAUCAUCUGUUUGAUUCGUGGAUCCGUCAGUCCUGACACCACCUGUAACCUGUAUGUUGGAGAGGAGAGUCAGCCAUCCUUCACAGAAAAGAUCAAGAGGAGAAAAGCCACCUCAGCAUCCGGACAGCAGUUCUGUAUAUUCACUCCAAAACAUAGUGAUCUGAUCAGUCGUCUACAGUCAGUGAGGCGUAAGGAGGUGAGCUGUGACUACAGAGUGAGCUCAGGACCAAACUCUCUCUCUCCACGCAGUGAUGGGAAAAGCUUUGCACAUCUGGUGGGAGUUCACAUCAGUGAUCCAACAACUAUACAGACACCUUCUAUAGCAGUGGGUUUGACUCCAGGUCCUAGAUCUACUUUGCCUCCCAGCACGACAGUGAGUCCUACAGAAGACACCACAGUGACACCAACUACCAGUUUGACCUCCCCUUUGACCCCUAGCACGGCUGUGAAUCCUUCAUCAGGGUCRACUGUUUGCUGUACUUUGACCACUGACACCCCAGCGAGUCCAACUGAAAGAGGUCAAAGCUCCACAGAAAGUGAUGUGGAAUCAAACAGUCAAGAAAGCAUUUUGGUGGGGCGAUUAUGGCAGGCAGCAGUGGCUUCUGGAGUGGGCGUGCUCCUGGUAGGAUUGACAGCUGUCUGUCUCUGCAGGAGGACCAAGAAAACCAAUUCUCAGAGACCUACAGCCAGACAGGAUGAUCACAGCCAAUUUGUAGAUGAUUUGGUGUCUAUGGGAGCGGUGAGCAGCGGAGUCAUGGUGGAUUCAGGAGAUGCUGGAAUCGAUUCUCAGAUCACUUAUGUACUGUCCACGUUCAUGCCCUCAGGUUUGUCCCUCAGAACUCGGGACCAUCUGCAAGUGCACAGCUACUGUACAUGCUUAAACUUUGGGCCUAACCAUAUCAACCAUAUCAAAACGCAUAUAUGACACUUAAAACAGAAAUGAAUGUGUCAGAGCAUCUGUUGAGCGUGAGAAUAGAGCUGUAGAUCUGCAGGGUGGUUUGAGACAUUAGGAGAAGUGUGAAAUGACAUCAAGCCUUGUUACUUGCACUUCUUCUGUUUGGCUGUUACUAACGCAAUAGGGCAAACUCGAAUAAGUAACACACAUGCAAUGUAGACAUGUAAAAUACACAUGACCCCCCUCAAACACACACUCAUACAUACAUACACAACCUCUUACUCAUGGAAUUGUCUCUCUCUGAUGUG